AUGAGCCAAACGGUCAAAGAGCCUGCAAAAAUUGAGGCCCAGCUCUCUUUCCCUCCUCUUGACGAAAAUUUUUAUAACUUGCGCCCCGAAGACUCCGCAUUUUUCAAGGAGCUAACUGGAAUUGAAGACGAUGCGGCUCUGAAGCAACAUAUAUUAGAUGUUCAAGCGAAAGCAUACAAGGUUGCCCCUUAUGGGUGCAUCUAUCUUUUCGGUUUUACCAGGUAUCAAGUUUUGCGCCUCGGACGCGAACGCAAGAAUGCAAUUUUCCUUGACAUUGGCUGCUGCUUUGGCAAUGUCAUCAGGGAAGCGGUUCUUGAUGGUUUUCCGGCAGCCCAGGCUAUCGGAAGCGAUCUCCAUCAAGAACUCUGGGAUCUGGGGCAUGAACUCUUCAAGUCGUCCCCAGAGACCUUUCCAGCUCACUUCAUGGGUGGUGACGCCUUCGACCCGAAAAUGCUUGCCAUAGCUCGGCCUGCAUCCGUGCAGACAACAGGAGCUCCGAGUCCUGACCUCAACAACCUCACUUCACUGAAUCCUUUACACGGAUGUGUUUCUGCAAUUCACGCAACAUCCUUCUUCCACUUGUUUAAAGAGGAUAAACAGCUGCACAUGGCCCGUGCUUUCGCCGGCCUGCUCUCCGCUGAGCCAGGCUCCGUCAUUUUCAGGGCGCACAUAGGUGCCAAAGAGAAGGGUCCUGUGAAAAAAGAAUUUGACAAAGUCGAAGUUGAAAUGUUCGGCCACAACCCAGAGAGCUGGAUUUCUAUGUGGGAUGGCGUGGUAUUCGAGAAGGGGAUGGUCAAGGUAGAGGCAGAGUUGAGGGACGAGACAUUGGGCACCGCAGGGAGGAACAACCGCCCGCUGUCGUUGUUCUGGUCUGUGACAAGGCUGUGAGCAAAAAGGGACAUAGGUCAAUAACACAUAACCUCGGGCUUAAAUCGCGCUGUAGACAUUAGUAUCUAGAUUCAAGUUGAAGUUCAAUCAUAG